UACGUCUGGAACGCGUCGAAACCACUCCACUGACAUCACGCACUUGUAUCGGCGAACCGGACUGCAGCAAACAGUGCAACGGACCCACUUGGACGAGGCGCUGAGAUAGAACACAAGUACCCGUUUGGCCCUUUGUUAUGCUUCGAAAACGCACAGGUUCAAUGGAACAACGAGGACCCUUCUACCAAAUAGUAGAUGGCCUACCCAGAUGUCCAAAUGUCGACCCGGUCUUGGUGAGGAAAGCGUUGAAUUUCAAAGCCUCCAAGGGAGAUCUGGUGCAGUGGUCGUUUCCAAAAAGCGGGACACAUUGGGUGCAGUACAUCAUCCAACUCAUUCUGAACGAAGGAGAAGGCGUGGAGAAUUACGACCAGUUCUCCAAGAACACCCGCCCGAUGGAGUACGUUGGCGUCGACGACUGGAGACCAGCGUUGGUGUUGCGAUGCUUCGUCACCCACCUCCAACCACAACCAGAGUUCAUCAACAACGAUGCCAAGUAUGUGUACGUGGCGAGAAAUCCUUGGGACGUGUGUGUGUCGCUGUUUCACAUGGUCACCAACCUCAGCGUCUACCGUUUCGAGGACGGCACGUUCGACGAGUUCUUUGAGUACUUCUUGAACAAGGACUUCGGAUACGGCUCCUAUUUUGACCACGUAGCCACGGGAUACGCUCUCAGAGACAGGGCCAACGUACUCUUCCUCACUUACGAGCAGCUCAAGAGGGAGCCCCGCGAGACCGUACUAAAACUGGCACGCUUUCUUGGCGAUCGCCAUGCCAAGAUUAUAGAAGACGGUGAAAAUGGCUUGCUAUCCCGAAUCUUAGAACUGUCUUCACCCAGCCAAAUGAAGAGUGUCAUUGUGAUGAACUUGUGCAGCAAGGAGUGGGAGGUUAUGAUGACUAGAAAUAACAUGACCUGUAAGGACGGUUACGGUGGGGACUGCACAAAGUACGCCAUUGUGAGGAAUGCCCAAAUUGGCGAUUGGAAGAACUACUUCAAGCCUAACCAACUUCAACGCUUCGAGGCGAAGAUUAAGGCGGAAGGAGCGAAAGCUUCGUUUAUGGAUUUGUGGGCAGACAUCAGGAAGGAGGCGCUUGAAUUAGCUUUUUCGUAAGCGAACAAAAAUUUGCGUUGACCAAUCACGGACGAAAUAAGGCAGUGCAAUACACAGCAUAGUCAGCUCUAUGUCGUGUAUUUUGAGCCACUUUCUCCUUGACAGUGCUACGCCCACUCGACUGCAUCUUUAUAUUUCGCGUCGCAAAUUUACCCUUGGAUGUGUAAAUAUACAAAUGCCUUCGUAAUAAAUCAACUACCGUUUGGAAAGACAGAAAUUUGACAGCAGAAAGCAAGGAACGCGGCCAUUAAUUUGCCAAGCUCUACCGGCGCUGCUACUCUAAUCAUGUCCAAGCGGCUAGCCCAGAUUUGCACCUUGCUUCUUUGGGGAUCCCGUGAAGCCAGUGGAUAUUUCAUCAUGGUGACGUACACCUGCGCCACGAGUUCUGUAGGAAUGUUUCUAAGAGCACAUCAAUGGGGCAGUACCAGGGAACGUUGGUCGGAAAUAAUCGGACAGAAGCAAUGGCCCCUUGAAAUAGUUGUGACGAUGAUGAUCGUGUGUGUGUUAGCGUUCUUGAAUAUGCCUAUCUGCACGAAAGGAAGAACUGUGAAAUGAGGUACUCGGCUAUUACUGCAGGGCUUUACAAAAGAGAAUUUGGCAGACAUCACUUCCAUUGAGAAUUAAAAAGGACAGCGCUGUUGCAAUAUACUUCACUUCUUGACACUUGAACCUGCUUGUAGUGGGCUCGUGUUUUCCCCUCUGGCAAGUUGUGCAACUUUCAUUGGGAUUCCUUACGUGUGAAGAAUUUUACGUCAUGGCAAAUGAUUGUUGUAAUUUCAUUAUUAUCGCGUUCGAAAAUUUCAUGGUAAGUAAAGAGCGAAGCGUUAAUAUUACUACACUCUAACGCCCACUAGCGUCUACGCAAACCGUUUGGUGCUAAAGUUU